AUAUUCUCUCUCUCUAUAUCUCUCUCAAAUCCUCUCUUCUCCCCUCUGUAAAUUUCUGAAAUAAAAUCACACUGAAGAUAGAAGACAAGCACGAAAUCUCCCUAAAAAUCUGAACAAUCUUUGUUUUCAUCGUCAAUUAGAGAAACGCUGAUCAAUGGAGCGUUGAAUCCCCAAAGAACUAACAAGGAAACAAGGAAACAGAUACAAAUAUUCAACAAUCAGAAGCUAAUUCUGCCGAUUUACUUGAAAUCAAGUGUAGAGAGGUGUACAGAAUUUACAUCCAUAAAUGAGGUGUAAGAAGCAUUACACCGAUCUCAGUAGUGUCGUCGGCGUAUGCGCUUGUUGUCUCCGGGAACGUCUGUUGUAUCUCAUCGCAGCUCAAGAACAAGCUCAUGCUCAAGCACUGAGUGGUCAAAACCUAGACGGAAAACAACGCAAUUUGGACGGGAAACCAGUGUUUCCUCGCUUUGAUUCUCCGUUAAACAACCGCCGAAAGUCCGAUCGUUCUGCCGGAGCUACUGUAUUGUCUCAUAACGAUCGACGAAAGGAUCAUCAUCCUUUUACUCCUGCUGCUCCUCGUCAUAACCAUAGCCUCUCGGAUCAACUGUUUUAUCGAACACCUCAGGUAGGGCCUACUACCGGAGGUCACAACAACACCGGUGUUCAUUCGAAUAAGAAGCGGAGUUUGAUUCGGUUGCUUACGUUUCCCUUCAGAUCUAAGAAUCGAAACUCGGUGGAUUCGGUUUCGGAUCCCAGGGCAUCAGAUUCGACUUUCAGGGAACCCAGCGGUGGUGGUAAUGCCACGUCGUCAACGUCAACGUCGUCGUCUUCGUGGUUCUCAAGCAUUGUACAAGGUGGUGGUCGUAACCGGAGGAAGCAACCGGUUUAUGUUGAUGAAUCUCAAGUAACCAGCGGAAGCGGAGUGGUCCGGCGGCAGUACUGCCGAGAUCGGGGAAUGUCACCGGUGCGAAACUCCGAUUGCGAUGGCGGAAAUGAAGAUGAUUUAUUCGAUGUAACAAGCGGGUACGAGUCAAGGCCUGAGUCAUGGAAAAACACACCGAGAAGAACACCGGCUCAUCCAGACGGCCGGCGCGGCGGUGGUGCCGGACACGUGAGGAAUUUAUCCGGUUUAACAUUCUGUUUGAGUCCCUUGGUUCGUGCAAGUCCUAACCGGCAAUGGAAUCAGAAGGGUAUGCCACCGCCACCACCGCCGGAAAGCGGUUUAUCAGGCGAAACCAGAGCUCCGGUGAAGCCUCAUCUUUCAAACAUAAAAUCAUUUUGCCCAAACAGAUCAAGAAAAUUCGCCGAUUUCGGGAGGCCCAAUGCUCACCAUUGAUUUUGAUGACUGUUGUCAUUGACCCAGUCGCAGAUUGGUUUGACUGGGCCUCAAAGUACACGAUUUUGCCUCCAUUGGUAUCUCCCCCUUCAUACCUUUAUCAAUAAUUACUAUAUGAUUAUUCAUAUUUUACUGAUACCAAAAUAUUUUUAUUCUUUUUUCUUCUUCAUUUCUUUUUUUGUAAUUAUGAGAUUCGAUUUAAGUAUAGUGUGAAUUACAAAUUUGGCCUCA